CUUAUACACUGAUUAGAACAACGUCCAGUCCCUUUGAUCUCCAAAUUCUGUGUCAUCAUUUCAUCCCCACCAAGAAUCGAAUCAGAAUUUGGAACAAAACAGUGAGGUGGGUUUUCAACCCUCACCACCUCUUUGCUUUCUCCGUUGAGAUUAGAAAGAGAACCAGAAAAAGCAACAUAAGCAUUACUACUACUACACAACACAGUACCCUUGUUUAGUUACUUCCCUUCUUUCACACUCUCUCUACUUUCCUUUUGGCUAUAUAUUAUAAAAACAAAAACACCCCAUCCAUUUAUAUAUACACCAAAUCUUGUUGAAUAGUAACGAAAAGUGUCUUUUUAUAGUCCUAAUCUCAGAGUCUAGGAACCAAAAAUAUUAGUAACACCAAAGCUGUAGAGUUCUCUGUCCUUUCCCUGCUUUUUCCUGCAUUAUUUCUGUGUAAAUUUGUGGCGGCUUUGAAGCGGUGGCUUUUAUUGUGCUAAUAAAUUUUCAAGGUUCUGAAACUUGAAGAUUUCCUUGCAUUAAAAGCUUUCGUUGAAUGAGUUUUUGUCAUCAUCACAAUUGGAUUAGUGGCAGUGAGUUAAGUUCAACAGUGAGAGUCUAAGACCAAAUCAAAACCUUGGUAGGAAGAUCUAUCACCUGAGUUCUCUGAGUCCUUCAAGCUUUAGGAGAAAGUGAUAUCUCAGAAGAAGAUCCACCUUCCCUUUUGAGGAAAACAGAGACAAUGUUGUCCCAGAAACAAUCAGAAGAAGCAAUAGUCUCCGCCGCCACCGAGACUGAGCAUGGUGGUGGUGGCACCAGGGAGGAAGACAGUGGUCAAGACCAGUCCUUGGUCAGCCUCAAGAGCUUCCUCUGGCAUGGUGGUUCUGUAUGGGAUGCAUGGUUCAGCUGUGCUUCAAAUCAAGUUGCUCAAGUGCUGUUGACACUGCCAUAUUCAUUCUCACAACUGGGCAUGUUAUCAGGCAUCUUGUUUCAGGUGUUUUAUGGCCUUGUUGGAAGCUGGACUGCUUACUUAAUCAGUGUCCUCUACAUGGAGUACCGCACUAGAAAGGAAAAGGAAAAUGUUAGCUUCAAGAACCAUGUCAUCCAGUGGUUCGAGGUGCUUGAUGGGUUACUAGGUACAUAUUGGAAAGCAUUGGGGCUGGCUUUCAACUGUACUUUCCUUCUAUUUGGAUCAGUGAUUCAGCUUAUAGCAUGUGCAAGUAACAUCUAUUACAUAAAUGACAAAUUGGACAAAAGGACUUGGACUUAUAUCUUUGGAGCAUGCUGUGCCACCACUGUGUUCAUACCUUCUUUUCACAAUUACCGAAUCUGGUCAUUUCUGGGUCUUGGAAUGACAACUUACACGGCUUGGUACAUGGCUAUAGCAGCUAUUGCUCAUGGCCAGAUAGAAAACGUCAAACACACGGGUCCAUCAAAGCUAGUGCUAUACUUCACCGGAGCCACUAACAUUUUGUACACGUUUGGUGGACACGCUGUUACUGUAGAAAUUAUGCAUGCCAUGUGGAAACCUCAAAAGUUCAAGUACAUUUACUUGAUAGCCACUUUGUACGUUUACACACUAACGAUUCCUUCCGCCGUUUCCGUUUACUGGGCUUUCGGUGAUGAGUUGCUUAACCACUCCAACGCCUUCUCUCUCCUCCCUAAGUCUGGCUUCCGUGACGCCGCCGUUAUCCUCAUGCUCAUUCACCAGUUCAUCACAUUUGGGUUUGCUUGUACUCCAUUGUAUUUUGUGUGGGAGAAGGUUAUUGGGAUGCAUGACACCAAAAGUAUAUGUUUGAGGGCACUGGCAAGAUUGCCAGUUGUGAUACCUAUAUGGUUCCUGGCUAUUAUCUUCCCUUUCUUUGGGCCCAUAAACUCUGCUGUUGGGGCUCUACUGGUUAGUUUCACUGUCUACAUCAUCCCAGCCAUUGCUCAUAUGCUCACCUACAGAACAGCCUCUGCCAGAAAGAAUGCUGCAGAGAAGCCUCCUUUCUUCCUGCCAAGCUGGACUGCUAUGUUUGUCUUCAAUGCAUUCAUUGUGGUUUGGGUUUUAGUGAUUGGGUUUGGGUUUGGAGGAUGGGCUAGCAUGACCAACUUUAUAAGGCAAAUUGACACAUUUGGGCUUUUUGCCAAGUGCUACCAGUGCAAACCCCCAACGCCGCCACUUGCCACCGCUGCACCUGCCUCUCAUGCCCACCAUCAGAGCCGAGCCUUCUCACUCAACUCUACACAAUAUUAGAGCUCAGCUAGCUACAGUCACAUUCCCUUUCAUUACUUGUAUUAUACAUGGGUGAGAGAGAGUGCUAAAUAGUAAAUACUCCUCCCCUUAAUUUUAUGUCUGCUGGGCCUGGGUGGGUUUUUGGAUAUUAAUUUGUCCCUUUUAUCUAGUUUUCUUUUCCCCACUCCUGAAUGAUUAGUUCAUUAAAAAUAGUGUGUCAAAUGUUGUGAUUCCUCUGCUAUGAAAUGCACGGGCUAAUUAAAUUAAUUAAAUACCUAUGUUUUGAUUGUA